UCAAUGUCAGUCAAAAGAAUUGCAUAUUUAUUUUAAUUGUAUUUAAUUUAAUUUAUUUUCCAGUAAUAAGUAGUAUUGUUUCUAAUGUUUUUAUUUAACUAAAUGCUGUAUAUAAAAGACGGCAGAAUUGUUGAGGUCUUCCUAUAACAAUACUAAUUAAAAAGUAUUAAGUUUGAAUACGACAUCAAACUAGUGUUGCUUUCUACGUAAACAGUCGUGAUCAAUGUUCAGAUUUCAGAAUAAAAAGUGAAAUUGUUUCGUACGCUUAAACAACGAACAAGCUAAAAGAUGCUUCUGAAGCGAUUCACUCGAGCAUUAUGGAACAAAAAUUUACAAAUUAGUAAAAGAUAUCUGGCCUCUGAUCCAAGUAAACCAUUACCGGAUGAAUCAGAAGGAAUAGACACAGCACAGGUACAUGCAUUGGAUCGAGACAUCUGCUUGCUAGUGGAUGAAAAGGAUAAUUUUGUUGGUACAGCUACUAAACGAGAGUGCCAUAAAGUAGGACCCGAAGGUCAAGUGCCUUUACAUAGAGCCUUUAGUGUUUUCUUUUUUAACCAAAGAGGUGAUAUGCUGUUACAGAGGCGAUCAAGUCAGAAAGUGACAUAUCCAGAUUAUUAUACAAAUGCAUGCUGCAGCCACCCCUUGUAUAUAGAUGGUAAAGCUGAAGAUAUUAUAACAGCUGCAAGGCGAAGAAUGAACCAUGAACUUGGAGUACCAUUAGAUAAGAUGGACCCAGAAAUGUUUACCUUCCUAACACGUGUCCAUUACCAUGACCCCGGUGAUGGUGUAUGGGGUGAACAUGAGAUUGACCAUAUACUAUUCUUUCAAAGCGAUGUCAAAGUUAAACCUAAUUCUGAUGAGAUUUCUGAGUAUUGCUUCAUCCCCAAGAAUGAGUUUAAUGCUUUCAUCCCCACCCUGGAAGGCCCCUUGACACCCUGGUUUAACAUGAUCCGACGCCAUCGUCUUAAACUCUGGUGGGAUAACCUUCAUCGAAUCAAGGAACUUGCUGAACCAGAAAAGAUCCAAAAAUUCAUACAAGAAAAGUAAUAAUAGUAUGUAAGAUUUUAUUGUUUCUCCAAUUAAGUCUAUUUUUUGUUUAAACAAAUUUAUCAGGCUCCUCAAAUUUUUGAGGAUUUUUGAUUUUCCUAACUUGUUUUUUUUAAAUAAAUUCAAUUUUCUCUAUAUGUGAACUGGAAUUUAAUUAAUUCUUAAUCAUCUUAAUUAUUAUUAUACAUUUUGUUUCUUUGACCUUUAAGUCGUGAAUGCUGUUUUUAUUUUCUUGUAUACAAUAAAUAAUUGGUCAGUCUAUUAACCUUAAUAUUCACUACUUUCUCUUGAGAAAUACAUAGAUCUUAUGUUUUAAUAUAUGAAAGUUAUUAUUUUGGUCGUAAAUUUAAACAAUAAAAAUAUACGACAUAUCCCUAGUUUCAAGUAAGUAAAAAAUCCCUUAUUGAUUAUGUACCUUACAUUUAUUUGUCAUUAUCGAUGAUUAUUGUAAAACGGUGCUUUGAAAUAAAAUAAAUAUAAUAAUGCCUUUA